CACAAACCAAAAAAAAAAGAAAAAAACCUGAAACCUUCCACUUCUCUCAUUCCUUCUUAUUCUCUAUUUCUAAUCUACCACAAAUGUGCGACUAUGAUUGGGUCAACUUAGCCAUGGCUAACGAUUCCAUCGUAGCCAACCUUCUCCUCCACUUCAACAACCCACCACCACCUCCCUCACUUCAACUCCACUGGACCAUCCGUCAACCCCGCUCCAGGUCCAUCCCAAAAUCAGAGUCUUCCAUCAGAGCUAGCCCCACCACCCCGCUUACAUGCUCAUGGUCCGCCACCACUUCAGCUAGCGAAGAAUCCAACCUCCCAACCAAACUCAUCACCAAAACUUCUUCAAGAUCUAAGGUCAUUGCUAAUCCAAAGGAAACCGUUAUUACCAGAAACCCCAAAAGAAAAAAGACUUUAGCUGAACUAAAAGAGGAAGAGAGUCUGUUGUUGAAAGAAAGGAUAAAUUUGAAAAAUGAAUUGGCAUCUUUACGUCUAAGUGUUGAAAAGGAGAGAGCCACAAAUGAAAGCUUAAAGAGAAUGAAGCAGCUUGAUUUGGAAUCACAACAGAACUCUAGUACAUCAAAUGCUUCUCUGAAAGUACAAGAGAUUGGUAAGCAAGAACCUAAAUUUGUUCUCCCAGACCUAAACUUGCUUGUGGAGGAGGGUUUAAGUUAUUAGCUAAUGAAGGAUUAAAGCUCUAGUGAUAUUCUACAUACCAACAUCUCCUUGCAGUAUGUCUAAUAAUAUCGGUCGUUGAAUUCAAGUUGCAGAUGAUGCGGCAUAUAACUCGCUAGUCUAACAAUUUAGGUUUUUAAAAUGUAAGUGUAGAUACUAAACCAUUCGCUUUCCUCACCUAGUCAAAACUGAGUGUGGUUUUUACUCAUUGAAGGUGUUGUGGUCGUUUAGGUUAACUUCCAUUUUUUAUUCGUUGUUUACAUUGUUCAAAAUUCAUGGUGGAAAGCCGACAUCUCAAUGCCCUUUGUUAUAGAAAUUUUUACAGCAAAUCCAUAGAUGUAAUCACGUGUUCUAUCAGAAUUUUGGUUCUUGUAGUGAGGUCGUUUGUAUCUGUUAUUUGGAUACAAACUUAACGCUUUGAUGAAACUCUCAAAAUUAAUAACACUAAAACAUAUUUUUAA